AAACGGAGUAGGAUUACGAAUAAGGAGUAGGGAUUAGGAAUUAGGACUAGGGUUUUUACUCUUUCGGCACAAGAAAGUUUCAAUGGAGUCGCGGUUAAAGGAAGAAAAAGAAGGUGAAGAAGAGGAACUUAGGGAUAAUGUGCAGCAGCUGGAGAGAUCAUUAUUAUCGCACAGUCGUAAAUUGGUGCCCUGGUUGAACUGGGAUGAGUGGCUCUUCGUCGAGCACUCUCUGUUCUCAGACUGCCCAGACACCGUAGCUUUGGCUCUUAGAAGGAUUUUGGCAUGGCAAAGUAGAGGAUGUCUGCCUGUGGCCAUCGAGGUAACAGCUUCGAUUAUUGAAAUUCAGCAAAAAGAUCCUCAUUUUAGAAAGGACCAAUCACAUGGUGCUACAUUUGAUUACAGAGAGGACCAAACCAACAAUGGUUCACUUUCUGAGGAAAUUUUGGCAAUGUUGUACUGCAUGGCAAUUAUUAGGCUUGUGAAUGGUGUUAUCGAGAAGGCACGUAAGAAAACAGAGGUUUCAAUUGCAGUGGCGGCUGAUGCAAUUGGUAUUCCACGAAUGCUGAUUGAUAUUCGUCAUGAGGGAUCUCACCGUGAACUUCCUGCACUUAAGAUGGUUCGUAGUGCCUCAGUGAAGGCACUUGAUUGGUUGAAAUCAUAUUAUUGGGAGCCUCAAAAGAAGGCAAUUCCAUAUCAAGGUGCUGGAACCACGAGCAUCAGAGAAGAAAUUAAAUUUAAACUCAGUGAAUUGGCUCUCUCUCUGAAAUUCAAGCAGAGUCCUUCGUAUGCUUCUUCACCAAAGGGAAAACGUAGCAGACAUUGCGAAUUACUUUGGGGGCGUAAUAAAUUUUUCUCGCUUGUAGGUCGCAAACAUCAAUUAUCAAAAUCUGGGGUUUCUAAGAAACAGAUUACCAAGAACUUGAAAAUUCUUGUUCAGUUAUAUUCAUCUUUCCCAUCAGAAGUUGUUUCUAUAUUGCUGGAUUUCUUGUCGAAAGCCAUAAAUUCCUCAGAUUUGGUUGAGCUUCCAGAAGAUUUCCAAGUUGGUUCAAUUACGUGUACUUCCUUGGAUAAUUGGAAACUUGUUAUAACAAAACUCUCAAAUAAGAAGCCAGAGUUACUGCUGACCCUUCUUAAAGCAGUUCUUGAUAUGAUUGAAACUCAGGAAGCCAUGAAAUAUGAGACAGGAAGACAACAUCAGACAUGGUCAGACUAUAUGCAGGAUAUCUCCCAAAUUGAGCACCUUUCUUAUAUGUUUGCAUGGCUUGUUGAGAGUCUCAAGGGACUAAAGCCUCCUUGCCAAAAGUUUUCAGCAGCCGAAAUUGAAGCUUAUCCAACAGAAACAAAUGUGUCAAAAACCGUUCUUUUAGAGCUUCUGCAUAAAUGUCUUCUGGCAGCAGCUUCAGGCAACAAGCAGCUUAUGGAUUCAGCCCUCCAUCUUGCCCAGCUGAUGGGACAAAGCUUUCUGAUCGAGAAACUCAAAAAACUUCCCCCUUUAGGUUCAUCAAAUCUAUAUGUUACUGAAGAAGAAAUCCCUUCUAUGACGAACCUACUCACCCAGCAAGAGGAAUCCAUCAGUCAAGCAGCUAAGAAGCUGGAGUUGGUCAAACUUAACCGGAUGAAGAGCAAAGUUGCUGAGACAAAAUCCGGCGAUGUGGAAAAUAUGAACAAAUGGGUUGUGUCAAGGUCAUGGAACCCCUGUCCAAUUGGUAUGUUGCCACAUACCCUUGGUUCCUCCGGCUGUCUUCCUGUUCUUGAGCAUUGUGAUGUCCAUGGUAAGGUUCCAGAGUCAUCAGAAAGGAAAGGGAAGCGGGACUUGAACCGUUGCAGUGGCAAGAGAGAAGCCAGUUGUGACAUUCAGCAAAUAGACAAGUCAAGCAUUAAGAAGAGGAAGGAGACAAUGGAGGCAUGCGUGUCGGAUGCAAUUCCAUCAAUGGAAGGUGUGAAAGGCCAUCUGAUGAUGGGUGGAAUUUGGAUUCCCGUUGGGGAAGAUGAGCUACUUGUCAUGGAGUCUGAUGUAAGAAUUUUGGUUUAAAUCACAUUUGAAUUUAUAUGAGCAGUCAUUUAUGGACACAAAAGUAUUGAGCUUUAGUAGUAAUACAUUUGCCUAAAAGCAAUUAUAUUUUUGAAAGAAAAUUAUAUUUGCAGACUUUUUUUUA